GGGUGGGCGCGGCGCACCGCACGAAGCGGCGGCAGCGGCAGGCGCAGGUGUAAGCGCGGCGGCCGCUUUGCUCCCGGUGCCGGCCGUCACUUGGGGCUUCGCGGGACCUGCGGUGACUCUCGCUUGCAGGCGCUGGGCGGCAGGCGACAACGGGUCCAUGGCCCCGGCGGCGGCUCCGUCUUUCCUGGCCGUCAGGGCCACAAGCCCGACCGCAGCCCCCACCUCGUACGGGGUCUUCUGCAAGGGGCUCUCCCGCACCCUGCUCGCCUUCUUUGAGCUGGCCUGGCAACUACGCGUGAACUUCCCGUACUUCUACGUCGCGGGCUCGGUGAUCCUCAACGUCCGCUUGCAGGUACACAUUUAGAGCCGGGACUAAGCCGCCGGCCUCCGGGGCCAGCAUGAUGGCCGACUCCCGGGCAGCCUCGGGGCGGAGCGGACCCGCGGGCGACAAGCUCUGUAAUCUCGCGAGAGUGCCGGGGCGCCCUCCGCGGCUGCGUCCUUCGCUGCUAACCCGGCUUUCCGGAGGGUGGCGGAAGGCCUGUCGCGACCGGAAGGAGGAAAUGCGCCACUCCGCGAGCAGAGCGUUUAGGGAAGGCUCACGGAUGAUUUAAGAAACUAUGCGUCCUUAAAACAAACACCGGACGAAUUUCAGGAUGUGACAAAGGGCACAGGAUGCAUUAUUUAAAAGGAAAAAGCAGAAAGGCCAAAAUUUUCAGAAAAAAAUCAGUAGACUUUGGGAAUAUUGGAUUGACUUAUAACCAAGACUGGAAUAAGAGAACCUUAAGGUAUUAAGGAUAUGAUAUGGAAGGCAUAUAUUUCAUCCCACAAGAGAAAACAACGAUAAUCAGAAACUCUCAGUGAAAAAACCCAAAACUGUACAGGAAAAGCAUCCUCCAAAUACCAAACAUAGAAUGCUGCAGGAUUUUGAACAAAUGGUAGGGGAGGACAAGAAAAUGAACUCUAUUUCAGUGUUUGUAUGAGCAACACGUGGAUCAAGACCUUGGAACUAAAGAAAAGGAAAACCUCUCCUAGCACACAGCUUGGCUGUUCAGUGAAUAACAUACAAGUAAUAAUAAUGCAGAUGAUGUUUAUGGUUAUUCUCUUUAAGGGAAUGGUUAAUUAUGGUUACAAAGUGGAAUGCAAAUGUUAGCAGCAGAAUUUUAAAAAUACAGUCGGGAAUACAAGUAGGAGUGUUGAGGGAGAGAAAGUAACGUAAAUUGAAUGGUUGUAGUGUCCUUAAAAAGUGGGAAAUUGUGAGAUACAGACUGUUGAGGGGAAAAAAGACAUUUUAUUACUUCCAGGGUAACCUUAAUAUUUACUAGACUAGUAAUGUAUCUAUAUUAAAGAGAGAGGGUGGUCGGGAAGAACAGCAUGAAGUCAACAGGUAUGCCUAAAGAUGGAGAUUUCAGAUGGGAUAUCUCAAAAAGAAAAAUUGAUUAACUGGUGUAUUUGAAUAUGGACUAGAGAUUUUUCAUUGUUCAUAGAGCCUGGGGAUUUAUUAGUUAUCUGUAGAUUUUUCAAAACUUUGAAAAUACUGAGUUAAUUAUGAACCCCAGGAAAGAUAAAAAUUUUAAAACUAUAGUGCAUACCUUCACUAUGAAUAUUAGUCAUGUGAUUCAGUCAUAAUUAUGUAUAUACUGAAUACUGAUUUAACAAGAAAUGAUUAUAUAACAUUGGGAGGAUGAGCGAGAAGAGAUAGAUGUGUGUGUGAUGAUGGAGGGUCAAGCAGACCUAAUACAGAAAAGUCAAAAAAAGCAGUACAGACAUAUUUUUAAAAAAUAAAUAAAUGAGAAACAGCUAAGAGUCAAAAGUGAUUGUCUCUGGAGAAAGGAAAUCAGGAGUGAAUAGAGAAAAGGCUUACUGUUUUUUACUACCAGUCUAACUAUUUUGAUUUCUUUUGACCUAUGUAUUUGCUUUCCUUUCACUAAAAACUAAUUUAAAUAAAUUUUAUUUUUAAAAGUUUUUCAAGUAAUUCACAUGUGCACCACUGGUUAAGAGCCACCAAAGUAAAAUGAGAUUGAGUUUUUAAAUCAAGCAGACCUCUGUUAAAAUAAUAAAAACUCUAGUUUUGUGGCUUUAGAUGAGCCCAUUAAUCUAAAUAAAUCUCUGUUUCCUCAACAUUUAAAUAAGGGUAAAAUUGUCCACCUUGAGUCUGAGAAUUAGAAAUAAGCCUGCCUAAGUGCUUGAUAUAUACACAAUAAACAGUAUUUGUUGUAACUGAAUAUCACAUUAUAAUGUGAAUAAAAUGUAAAACACAUAUAGGGAAAACUUGCCUUUCCAGAGGACAUUUUCAGUCCUAAAGAAGACAAGUAGGGUACUAACCCUACAAAGGUUGGGGAGGAGCCUCCAGGAUGAUUCUAGGUGAGAUAUUUGAGUAGAAAGGGUGCCAUUAUUGCCCAAGGUAAAGACUUAAACUGGUUACAAUGUUCUGUAUUCCACUCACUGAGUCCAGCAAACAAUAUUCUGCGGUUUUGAAAUAAGCGUCCUGCCCCAUCCUCAUGAUGUCUGGCUUGGGGUAAUUGUUCUUUCUACUCUAUAUGUCUGACCAAAUUCUAGUGAGCACAUGCCUCUCUUCUGUCUGCCUUCUCUACUCUCUUUCUGCCUGUACAUAUUCUACCUGUGUUUUAACACUAAGCUUAGAUGGCAUUUUUUCCAUUAAAUUUAUUCCGGAGUCCCCUGACCAGAUUGGACCUCAUUUAUUUUAAUCCUGGAGACUGUGUUAGUAUCAACCUGUGCCAUUUUCAUAGGCUAGGUUAUUUUUCCCUAAUUAUCUGUUUUGUUUUUAUUGUUUAUUUCCAAAAAGACAGGUUUCCUGGACUGUGAUAGAGAGUGCAGGAACCAAAACAUUAGUAUCAGAAACGUAGUUCAGUCAAUGAAAUGAUAAUACCAAGGGACUUAGAAUGGUGGGCAUUAUUACAGGGUGUCCCAAAAGCACCAUACACAGGGAAAAUGGGAAAUUGUAGCUAAUUGUACCUUUAUUUACAAAAUAUUCAUUACAAAAUAAUUCUUUUGUAUGGAGACUUUUGGGACACCCUGUAUUUCCUAGAAGCACUAUAUCCCAGUUUGUAACAUAAAUGAAUAUGUCUGUCAGUAGUCCUGAAGUGGUGACAUGGAGUGGGGUACUCCAUUUGGAUGGCUACAUGAACAUGUGUUUCUUUCAACUUUUUUCUUCCUGUUAGUCAUUUGUUACACUGAAGAAACUAAGGCAGUUUAGCAAAGUUAGUAUUAUCAUAUCCUCCAAGUAGAUUGGAAGCUCUAUGCAGGAAGAUACCCAAUUUUCUACCUUGAAGUAUCAGCAAAUAUAUAGUACAAUCUAAAUGUAAACUCCAUGAUUUAACACUUACUCUUCACAAUUACUGUAAAACAAGAUGUAUAUUUUUCCUCCCACAUGAAACAAUUCCAUGAAAUUUCCCAGGGGAGAAAACAAGAUUUUUGCCCUGACUAAACCACAUAAUAUUAUAAUUCACAAUUAACUUUAUUCCUCUUGGCACACUUCUAGGUUCCAAAGAUUUUGUUUUUUCCCUGCCCUAUCCCCAAGCCUAUAGUACUGCCUAAUGCAAAUUAGAUGAUAAAUAUUACUAAAUGGAUGAAUGAAUGGCAAUUUCGUUGGUAUUCUAUACAUAGCAGUCAAUAAAGGAAACACAUAUUUACCCCA